AUGGCUGAGACCAUCUCUAAUCCUACCCGGAUCAACAUCCUGGGCAAGGACAACAUCAUCAUUGACCAUGGCAUCUGGCUGAACUUCGUCGCCCAGGACCUCCUCCAGAACAUCAAGUCCUCCACCUACAUCCUCAUCACCGACACGAACCUCUACAAGACCUACGUGCCCCCUUUCCAGUCCGUUUUCGAGAAGGCUGCUCCCCAAGAUGUCCGCCUUCUUACCUAUGCCAUCCCUCCCGGCGAGUACUCCAAGGGCCGUGACACCAAGGCCGAGAUCGAGGACUGGAUGCUCUCGCACCAAUGCACUCGCGACACCGUCAUCAUUGCCCUCGGUGGCGGCGUCAUUGGCGACAUGAUCGGCUACGUCGCCGCUACCUUUAUGCGCGGCGUCCGCUUCGUCCAGUGCCCGACCACCCUCCUCGCCAUGGUCGACUCCUCCAUCGGCGGCAAGACUGCCAUUGACGUGCCCAUGGGCAAGAACCUGAUCGGCGCCUUCUGGCAGCCCGAGCGCAUCUACAUCGACCUUACCUUCCUCAACACACUGCCCGUGCGCGAGUUCAUCAACGGCAUGGCCGAGGUCAUCAAGACCGCCGCCAUUUGGGACGAGACCGAGUUUACCGCCCUCGAAGAGAACGCAAAGGCCAUCCUCGAGGCCGUCCGCUCCAAGAACAAGUCGGCCGACCGUCUGGCCCCCAUCCGCGACAUCCUCAAGCGCAUCGUUCUCGGUUCGGCCCGCGUCAAGGCCGAGGUUGUCUCAUCGGACGAGAGAGAAGGCGGACUCCGUAACUUGCUCAACUUUGGACACUCUAUUGGUCAUGCUUAUGAGGCGAUCCUGACUCCUCAGGUCCUCCACGGCGAAGCGGUUGCCAUUGGCAUGGUCAAGGAAGCUGAGCUUGCCCGCUUCCUCGGCGUCCUCCGCCCCAGCGCCGUUGCUCGCCUGUCCAAGUGCAUUGCCAGCUACGACCUGCCUACCUCUCUGCAGGACAAGCGCAUCGUCAAGCUUACCGCCGGAAAGGAGUGCCCGGUUGAUGUGCUUCUCCAGAAGAUGGCCGUUGACAAGAAGAACGAGGGCCGCAAGAAGAAGAUUGUCCUACUUUCCGCCAUUGGAAAGACCUAUGAGCCCAAGGCCAGCGUCGUCGAGGACCGCGCCAUUCGCAUUGUUCUCUCGCCUUGCAUCAGGGUCUUCGCUGGUGUACCCAAGGAUCUCAACGUCAGCGUCACCCCCCCUGGAUCCAAGAGUAUCUCCAACCGUGCCCUUAUUCUGGCUGCUCUUGGUGAGGGUACCACCCGCAUUCAUAACUUGCUCCAUUCCGACGACACCCAGGUCAUGCUCAACGCCGUCGCGCAGCUCCAGGGUGCCUCCUUUUCUUGGGAAGAGGGCGAUGUGCUCGUCGUCAAGGGCAACGGUGGCAAGUUGCAGGCUACCUCGACCCCUCUGUAUCUGGGCAAUGCGGGAACCGCUUCUCGGUUCUUGACCUCCGUGGCGGCUCUUUGCAACCCUUCCGAUGUCAACUCCACUGUCUUGACUGGCAAUGCCCGCAUGAAGCAGAGACCCAUCGGUGCUCUCGUAGACGCCCUGCGUGCCAACGGCGUCGGUGUCAAGUACCUUGAGAAGGAACACAGUUUGCCCGUGCAAGUUGAUGCUGCUGGUGGCCUUGCCGGUGGUGUUAUGGAGCUUGCUGCCACCAUCUCGUCCCAAUACGUCUCCUCGCUCUUGAUGGCCGCCCCCUACGCCCGCGAGCCCGUCACCCUUCGCCUGGUUGGCGGUAAGCCCAUCUCUCAGCCCUACAUCGACAUGACCAUCGCUAUGAUGGCUUCGUUUGGUGUGCAAGUUCAGCGAUCUGCUGAGGAUCCCAACACCUACUAUAUCCCCCAGGGCACCUACAAGAACCCCGAGACCUAUGUCGUCGAGAGCGAUGCCAGCUCUGCUACCUACCCUCUCGCCAUUGCCGCCAUCACUGGCACUACCUGCACCGUCCCCAACAUUGGCUCCAAGUCGCUCCAGGGUGAUGCUCGCUUCGCCAUUGAGGUUCUCCGUCCCAUGGGCUGCACCGUCGAGCAGACUGACGUCUCUACCACCGUUACUGGCCCUCCAAUUGGCACUCUCAAGGCCAUCCCGCACGUUGAUAUGGAGCCCAUGACUGAUGCUUUCCUCACUGCGUCCGUGCUCGCCGCUGUUGCCUCUGGCACCACUCAGAUUACUGGCAUUGCCAACCAGAGAGUCAAGGAGUGCAACCGCAUCUUGGCGAUGAAGGACCAGCUUGCCAAGUUCGGCGUGCACUGCAAUGAGCUCGAGGACGGUAUCGAAGUGAUUGGCAUCCCUUACACUGAGCUGAAGAACCCAACGGAGGGCAUCUACUGCUACGACGAUCACCGUGUGGCCAUGAGCUUCAGUGUCCUCUCCACCAUCUCGCCCCACCCGGUACUUAUCCUUGAGCGUGAGUGUACUGGCAAGACAUGGCCUGGAUGGUGGGAUACCAUGUCCAACUACUUCAAGGUCCAUCUCGAAGGCGAGGAGGAGCCACACAGCAGCCACGUAUCCCACGAGAAGCCUCGGAAGGGUAACCCCAAGUCUAUCUUCAUCAUCGGUAUGCGUGGCGCUGGCAAGUCCACCGCUGGCAAGUGGAUGUCCGAGGUUCUCAACCGACCUCUCAUCGAUCUCGAUCAUGAGCUCGAGAGGAGAGAGGGCCAAACGAUUCCCGAGAUCAUUCGCAGCGAGCGGGGCUGGGAAGGCUUCAGAAAGGCUGAGCUCGAACUCCUUGAGGAUGUGAUCAAGAACAACCCUACCGGACACAUCUUCUCCUGCGGUGGCGGUAUUGUGGAGACAGAGGCUGCCCGAAAGAUGUUGCUUUCCUACAGCCAAAAUGGUGGUAUCGUCCUUCUAGUCCAUCGUGAUACCGACCAAGUUGUCGAGUACCUCAUGAGGGACAAGUCCCGCCCCGCCUACUCCGAGAACAUCCGGGAGGUCUACUAUCGUCGCAAGCCCUUCUUUGAGGAGUGCAGCAACUUCCGCUACUACAGCCCUCAUCCUGAUGGGUCAAAGGCCCUUACCGAACCACCCUUCGACUUCAGCCAGUUCCUCUCCGUCAUCUGUGGGCACAGCAACCACCUCGAGGAAGUGAAGAAGAAGCCUCAUUCUUUCUUCGUCUCCCUCACAGUCCCCAACGUAUCUAAGGCAUUGGACAUCAUCCCUAAGGUGGUUGUGGGCUCCGAUGCCGUAGAGCUGCGUGUAGACUUGCUGGAGGAUUACGAUCCGGAAUUUGUGGCCAAGCAGGUUGCGCUUCUUCGGUCGGCCGCGAGGAUUCCUAUCGUCUACACUGUCCGCACUGUCAGCCAAGGCGGCAAGUUCCCCGACGACGAUUAUGAGUUGGCCCUCAAACUUUACCGCACCGGUCUGCAGGCUGGUGUGGAAUAUCUCGAUCUGGAGAUGACCAUGCCAGACGAGGUCAUUGAAGCUGUGACGAAUGCAAAGGGUUAUACCCAUAUCAUUGCCUCUCACCAUGACCCCAAGGCAACACUCUCCUGGAAGAACGGCGGUUGGGUCCAGUACUACAACAAGGCCCUGCAACAUGGUGAUGUUGUCAAGCUCGUUGGUGUCGCCCGCGAACUUGCUGACAACUUUGCCCUAGCACGUUUCAAGGCCAGCCUCGCUGCUGCUCAUGACAAGCCUCUCAUUGCCUUGAACAUGGGUGCAGCUGGCAAGCUGAGCCGCGUACUCAAUGGCUUCCUGACUCCAGUUUCCCACCCAGCCCUGCCGUCCAAGGCUGCUCCAGGUCAGCUCUCGGCGGCUGAGAUCCGUCAGGCGCUGGCUCUUAUCGGCGAGCUCGAGCCUCGGUCUUUCCACCUUUUCGGAAACCCCAUCUCGGCUUCGCGGUCACCCGCCCUUCACAAUGCUCUCUUCCGCGACAACGGCCUGCCUCAUCAGUAUUCCCUCUUCGAGACUGAUAACGCUGCUGACGUCAAAGACCUGAUCCAUGCUCCUGGGUUUGGUGGAGCGUCGGUAACCAUCCCUCUCAAGCUCGACAUCAUGCCUUUGCUGGAUGAGGUGUCUGAUGCUGCCAAGGUCAUUGGCGCGGUCAAUACCAUCAUUCCUGUUCGCAACGGCGACAAGGUGACCCUUCGCGGUGACAACACUGACUGGAUGGGCAUGGUGUAUGCGCUGCGCAACGCCGGCGUCGUCAAGUGCUCCAAGGAGUCUCCGACCGCCGGUAUGGUUGUCGGAGCUGGCGGAACCACCCGAGCUGCUGUCCACGCUUUGCAUGACCUUGGCUUUGCCCCAAUCUACGUCGUUGCUAGAAACGCCGACCGCGUCAAGGCUCUUGCGGAGUCAUUCCCUGCCGAGUACGACAUCCGCUCGUUGAGCACGCCGGAAGAGGUCGCGGCCGAGUCCACUGCCCAGCCUUCGGUUGUGAUCAGCACCAUUCCCGCCGACAAGCCCAUUGACCAGAGCAUGCGUGAGGUCAUUGUUGCUUCUCUUCGUCACCCGUCGGUCGCGGAUGGAAAGCAUGUCCUGCUGGAGAUGGCCUACACCCCGCGCCACACCCCCCUCAUGCAGCUGGCGGAGGAUGCGCACUGGCAAACGAUUCCCGGACUUGAAGUUCUCGCCGCUCAGGGCUGGUAUCAGUUCCAACUCUGGACCGGAAUCACCCCGAUCUACACCGAUGCGCAGGCGGCUGUCAUGGGUAACUAG